AUGCAUUUCACCCUCACCCUGCUUAGCCUCGCCAGCCUCGGCCUGAAUAUCCUCCCUGUCCAGUCCGCAGCGGUUCCCACCGCUGAUUUGGCUCGCCGCGCUGAGGAGUCAAUUAACCAUGUCCAUAUUGCUGACACGGUCGAGAAGCGGCACCGCUAUCAGUUGGAUGAGGAUGAGAACGCACUCGAGAAGCGGCACACCUACGGAGUGGAUGAGGAUGAGAACGCACUCGAGAAGCGGCACACAUACGGAGUGGAUGAAGACGAGAACGCACUGGAGAAGCGGCACACCUACGGAGUGGACGAAGACGAGAACGCACUCGAGAAGCGGCACACCUACGGAGUGGAUGAAGACGAGAACGCACUCGAGAAGCGGCACACCUACGGAGUGGAUGAAGACGAGAACGCACUGGAGAAGCGGCACACCUACGGAGUGGACGAAGACGAGAACGCACUCGAGAAGCGGCACACCUACGGAGUGGACGAAGACGAGAACGCACUCGAGAAGCGGCACACCUACGGAUUGGAUGAGGACGAGAACGCACUCGAGAAGCGGCACACCUACGGACUGGAUGAGGACGAGAUCGAGCACGUCUAG